GAUGUGGAAUUGGACACUUCGCGUGGAUCAAGAAUUUAUCCCGGCUUACAACUCAAUUCUGAUGGGCACAAGAAAUACAUCUGUGAUCGAUGCCUUCAUUACUACCCAACCAUUGAUAAGCUGCAGUUCCAUGAGGUGGAUUGUGGCGUUAUCAACGAUUGUGCAGUUCGACUACCAGCUGAGAACAACAAAUGGUUGGAGUUUACCAAUGCCAAUCGGAAGGAGCGUCUCCCGUUCGUGGUAUACGCCGACCUCGAAUGUAUCCUGGAGAAGACCAGCGAUGAAGAGAGGGAAAAAAAUAAAAGCCAAUAUCAUCGUGUCUUCAGCGUUGGAUAUUAUGUAAAGUGCUCUUACGAUGAUUCGAUGUCGGGAUAUCACGAGCGCCGAGAUGAGGACU